CCUCCUGACAGCCUCCUAUUUAAGAGCUGUCAGAGUUCUCUCAGCCAGUUCUCCGCGCGGCUGUUGAAGUAAGUGUUGUUACAGUUCAGCACCUGUUGUGCUGGUUAAUAAAGUCUGUUGUUCUGUUGCUGUUGCCUCAUCCUUGCCCACUCCUCGCAUACAUAUUUAAUACUGGCGACGAAGGUGGGAUGUUAGAGGCUUGACAACAGUGAAGAACUCAUUACACAGGCUAAUUUAAUCGCUCGAUUAAGGAUGGCUAACCAGCUUUCCUUCGGCCCGUUUGAGCCUGCGGCGGAAACUUGGGACAUUUUUAUUGAGCGCUUUGAGUGUUUUUUACAAUCCAACGAAUGCACGGAAAUGUCUGACCUGCGAAAGAAGGGUUAUUUCCUCAGCCUGUGUGGCCGAGAAAUGUUCAAGACAGCUAAAGCACUAGCAGCGCCACAGAUGUUACGCGAUGUCUCAUGGGGGGUAAUACUGGACAAAUUAAAAAAUCAUUAUGCCCCUGCUCCGUCAAGAAUUGCCCGGAGACAUGCUUUUCGCCGGCGGUUUCAAAAAGAUGGGGAAUCUGUGUCAGACUAUGUAGCGGCCCUCAGGUCAGAGGCAUCACAAUGCGACUUCCAUGACCUGGACGAUGCCCUGGCAGAACAGCUGGUCAACGGGGUGCGCGACUUGAAACUCCAACGGCGACUAUUGGCGCGCAAAGAACUGUCAUUAGCCGUUGCCAUAGAUGAAGCCCAGGUGUCCGAAAUGUCUGAGAAAUCAGCUAACGAAUUACAGAGCUUCCACACCCCAAGGGGGACCCAGUCAGGGGAAGCCGCAGUUCAUCAGGCAGAGUCGGACUGCACGGGGUCAUCUGAUGAGUGCGAUAGCGUGAGUCGCCUCAGAACCGCGCCAAAAAAGAAUCGGUCUCAAGCGGCUAGACCUUUCCCACUAAGGUGCGCGGGCUGUGGAGGAAGUCACGACAGGGCAACCUGUCGAUUCAAAUCCUCGAAUUGCCUGCGAUGUGGGAAGAGAGGCCACCUGGCGAAGGUCUGCCGGGCCGUUUUGCCAGCCGCUGACACCUGGACAGAGCCAGCAAGGAACAAAAAACCACAACGGAAAGCAUUCAAUCGUACCGACGAAUGCUAUGAUAUCAAUCAUGCCUCCACGACCAAGCCCAGCAAUAAGAUUUUCCUCACAGUAAAUCUUGAAGGGGCUCCCUGCAAGAUGGAAGUGGACACCGGGUCCUCUAAGUCCUUAAUCUCCUGGACCACCCUGAAACGCCUGCUGCCUAAAUUCUCAAAAAAUCACCUCAGUCAAUGCCCCGUUCGACUGAGGGACUAUCAGGGUCACCCCAUUCCUAUUCUGGGGUGCAACCUGUUUAACGUCAGCCACGGCCGUUUCACCGGACGCCUACCCUUGAUUAUAGUGAAGGGAAGUUUGCCCAGCCUUCUUGGGCUGGAUUGGUUUGAGGCAUUCGGCCUCAAUGUGCUAGGAACCCAUUCGACAUCGGCAGACCCUUUUGACGACGUCCUCCAAGAGUUUUCUGAUGUCUUGAUGGCCAACUGGGCUAGAAGGGUGCCUUUUGCAUUACGAGACAAGGUAGAUCAGGAGAUAGAUAGGCUCAUUUCUCAGGGAAUACUCGAACAGGUUGAUCAUUCCCCUUGGGAAACCCCUAUAGUUGUUCCUAUCAAGCGGGACGGAUCCAUUCGGAUCUGUGCCGAUUAUAAAGGAACCAUUAACAAGGCUUUACAAGCAAACCCGUACCCAGUCCCCGUGGUGCAGCAUCUCUUGCACUCACUGGGACAGGGUUCCAUUUUCGCCAAACUAGACUUAGCGCAAGCAUACCAGCAGUUGCCGGUCGACGAAGCAACGGCCAGAGCUCAAACCAUAGUCACUCACAGGGGUGCCUUUAAGUGCAAACGCCUCCAAUUCGGCGUUUGCAUAGCCCCGGGGUUGUUCCAGAGCCUCAUGGAACGGUUGCUCCAUGGGCUCGAGGGGGUCGUCCCUUACUUUGACGACAUCCUCGUCUCGGCCACCAACCAAAUCGACCUGUGCAUUAAGCUCCGCGCCAUCCUGUCGAGAAUCAGGAAGGCGGGGCUUAAGCUAAAACGUCAAAAAUGCUUAUUGGGGGUGCCUAAGGUGGAAUUCCUGGGAUUCCUUGUGGACUCCCAGGGCAUACACCCCACACCAUCGAAAAUAGAGGCUAUCAGGGACGCCCCAACCCCGGCCAAUAGGGCCGAACUGCAGGCUUUCCUGGGGCUACUCAAUUUUUAUGCCAUUUUCCUGCCCCAUAAGGCAUCCGUAGCGGAGCCAUUACAUAGGCUCCUGGAUGCCAAAGCCCCAUGGCGUUGGGACCGCAACGCGGAAGCAGCCUUCCGAGCUGUCAAAUCCUUGCUCACAUCUUCGGCUGUGUUGGUCCAGUACGACCCACUGCAGCCUCUCUCUCUGUCCUGUGAUGCGUCUCCCUAUGGGAUCGGCGCCGUUCUGAGCCACGUCCUACCCAAUGGCUCCGAGGCUCCAAUUGCCUAUUAUUCCAGGACGUUAUCAGCGCCCGAACGGAAUUAUAGCCAAUUGGACAAGGAGGCAUUGGCGGCUGUGGCUGGAAUCAAGAGAUUCCAUGAAUACGUCUAUGGUCGUUUUUUCCUUUUGGUCACAGACCACAAGCCCCUUUUGGGCUUGUUGGCCGGCGACCGCCAGACUCCACCCAUUCUUUCGCCCCGCAUGUCCCGAUGGACCGAGUUCUUGGCGGCAUACAAUUACCGGCUGGUAUACCGUCCGGGCCGAGCAAUAGGCCACGCAGACGCCCUAAGCCGCUGCCCGCUUCCCACAGCGGCGGUCGACCCAGCGCCCGGUUCCACGGUACUACUCAUUGAUGAGUGGCAGGGGCCGAUAUCGGCCUCUGACAUAGCUAGAGACACUUCUGCAGACCCUAUUCUUUCCCAGGUCCGAGACUGGGUGCUCAGGGGGUGGCCGGCCUCAGCCGUUUCCCCGGAGUUCCUACCAUUCCAGCGCAGACAGCAUGAGUUGUCUGCGCUGAAGGGAUGCCUAUUGUGGGGAAACCGGGUAGUGGCACCCGCGGCGCUUAGGGCGCCAAUUUUAAACAGCCUUCACAAUGCCCAUCCAGGCAUCGUGCGGAUGAAGGCCCUGGCCCGCAGCUAUGUGUGGUGGCCCAAAUUGGACAGCGACAUAGAGCUGUGGAUAGGGAAAUGCCAGCUCUGCCAGUCCUCUAGACCAGCUCCCGCGGCCGCCCCUGUUAGGGAGUGGGAUACCCCCAGGUCGCCUUGGUCCCGAAUCCAUUUGGAUUUCGCCGGACCAUACCAGGGUCAAACUUUCUUAGUGUUAGUUGAUGCCUACUCCCGCUGGGUGGAGUUGGCACAAAUGAAAUCCACAACAGCAGAGGCGACCAUCAGGGUACUGGAGCGGAUUUUUGCAACCCAUGGACUGCCCGACAUCGUAGUGUCGGACAAUGGCCCCCAGUUUACAUCGGCAUCCUUUCAGUCUUUCCUUGCCAGGCACGGCAUUCGCCAUGCACCCACGGCGCCUUUCCAUCCGGCCGCUAAUGGCCGGGCAGAGAGGGCCGUGCGAUCAGCCAAGGAAGCUCUGGCUAAAUUAGUUUCCGGAGAUUGGCGAGACAAAAUAGCGACCUACCUAUUGGCACAACACACCACUCCAUGCCCCACGACUAACCGCUGCCCGGCAGAACUGUUGAUGGGCCGACAUUUGAGGACUGUGUUAGAUCGUUUGCACCCUGAGUACUCGCCAGAGAAACCCCCUGAUUCUACCAGUGGAGCCCGCGCAUUCCAAGUGGGGGAUUGGGUGUAUGCCCAGCAUUUUGGGGGGGACCCGCGGUGGCUACCAGGUCAAAUAGAAGAAGUGACCGGCCCCCGUUCAUACCGGGUUCAGUUGGAAGAUGGUCGCAUGUGGCGGCGCCAUGUGGGUCAACUGCGCCGCCACAUGCCCCCAUCCAAUGUACCGAGCAACACAGAUCUGGCCGCAUCGAAUCAGCCACCACCUGUACAAAGCAAAGAGUCCCGUCCAGAAAACAUGCCCAAUCCUGAUAGUCCACCCACAACUUCACCAGCUGUCGAUUUACCUCAAAGGCCACAUCAGGACCAGUCCAACGAGUUUCCAUCCAGCGCGGCUGAACAAGCCCCAGAAGUUCGUGAAGUUCCUGUGCGGGUCCCAUCAACAGCACCUGAUGGAACAGGACUCAGUGUGACGUCUCCUUUGGGUGAUGAUUCCUCAAAAGCUGGCUCAAGGGGGAAUGGGAUCAUUCCUGGCACAUCAGGAAUUACUGACCUUGAACUGUCAGCAGAACAGGCUUCGGCUGGGGACAGCUUGCAGGCUAACGAAGAAGAGGAGGAGGAGCUGUAG